GCGCCUGUAUGACGUAUAGUCGGGUCUGGGAGCGCUUUCUGGUUUGAAAGAGUUUUAUCUGGGCCUUUACUGAGUAUCUGUGCGCACUUACCGGCAUAGCCCCGCCCCGCCCAGGAACCGGAAGCCUUUCUGCUCGUCCCUCACCUGGAGGCGGCCAUGUACCGGUACAAGAUAACCCUUAAAGAUCGGCAGCAGCUGUACAAGCUGAUCAUCAGCCAGAUGCUGUACGAUGGCUACAUCAACAUUGCCAACGGCCUCAUCAGCGAACUCAAGAUCCAUUCUGUGUGCGCCCCGUCUGAGCAGCUGCUCCAUCUCAUUAAAGUGGGUAUGGAGAAUGACGACAGCGCGGUGCAGUAUGCCAUUGGACGCUCCGAUACUGUAGCCCCAGGCACAGGAAUCGAUUUGGAAUUUGACGCUGACGUACAAACCAUGUCUCCCGAAGCCUCUGAAUAUGAGACCUGCUACGUGACAUCCCACAAAGGGCCUUGCCGCGUGGCCACGUACAGCAGAGAUGGGCAACUGAUUGCUACCGGCUCAGCAGACGCUUCUAUCAAGAUCCUCGAUACGGAGAGAAUGCUGGCAAAAAGCGCGAUGCCAAUCGAGGUGAUGAUGAACGAGACUGCGCAGCAGAAUAUGGAGAAUCACCCGGUCAUUCGCACUCUCUAUGAUCACGUGGAUGAGGUGACCUGUCUGGCGUUCCACCCCACUGAGCAGAUCUUGGCGUCCGGCUCCAAAGAUUACACCCUCAAACUCUUCGACUAUUCCAAGCCCUCUGCCAAAAGAGCCUUUAAAUACAUCCAGGAAGCGGAAAUGCUGCGCUCUAUCUCGUUCCACCCGUCCGGCGACUUCAUCAUAGUCGGCACCCAGCACCCCACGCUGCGCCUCUACGACAUCAACACCUUCCAGUGCUUCGUGUCCUGCAACCCCCAGGAUCAGCACACAGACGCCAUCUGCUCGGUCAACUACAACCCCUCGGCCAACACGUACGUCACGUGCAGCAAGGACGGCAGCAUCAAGCUGUGGGACGGCGUCUCCAACCGCUGCAUAACCACCUACGAGAAGGCCCACGACGGCGCCGAAGUCUGUUCCGCCAUAUUUUCCAAGAAUUCCAAGUACAUCCUGUCCAGCGGCAAAGACUCUGUGGCUAGAUUGUGGGAGAUCUCAACAGGGAGAAUGCUGGUAAAAUAUACAGGAGCCGGACUCAGCGGGAGACAGGUACACAGAACCCAAGCUGUGUUCAACCACACAGAAGACUACGUGUUGCUUCCGGACGAACGGACCAUAAGCCUCUGCUGCUGGGAUUCCAGGACGGCGGAACGGCGGAAUCUUCUCUCUUUGGGACACAACAACAUAGUGCGCUGCAUCGUUCACUCCCCGACCAAUCCCGGCUUCAUGACCUGCAGCGAUGAUUUUCGGGCCCGGUUCUGGUACCGCAGGUCGACCACAGACUGAUUGCCCCCUGCUAUUCCCUUUUACCCGCCCUUGCAUUUAAAAACAUCUGAAGUCGCCAAACGAGAGGAUCUUUCCGUGACAUGCCCAGCCUUGAUUGGGCGAUAAAGGAUUGAUCCGAUCAUUUGGACCUCAGUUAAACCAAUUGGAUCACAACAGCGGUAAAUGCAGGCUGUCGGGGCGAGGACUCAUCAACAAGCCGAUCCAGUCCUCGUCCCGUUUUUUUUUUUAAAACCUGUCCAAUCAGUUUCUGCCGGAUUUUCAGGCAGUUAUCUGUCAGUCGGGCCCAUCGAGGGCCCAUAAACGUGCCACCUUGAUCCCCAAGGGCCACUUUUACUCACUGCUCAGAGCAGAUUCACUGAUUCAAUGUUUAUGGGAUGAACUCAAUUCAAAAGUCUGAUCUGUAGAUAAUCCAGUAGCUGAAAAAUAAACUCUUCUUUUUAUUU